AUGAAACACUGGCUUGGCUCUCCAUGGGGUCGUACCUUGCAGCCAUUGGCAGGGGAGAACCGAGCUAACCUCGAUCUCACCUCAGGCCCAGCAACGAUACUUUUCUCCCUCCGCUUCGCCCGCGGCUCCCUUCGUACCUCUGUUGGUCAACUUGCUGGUGCCGUGUUGCAUUCUGACCACGACCAGCGGCUGCAGAAGCUGAGCAGACUGUUGUCCUGCGCUUACACAGUACCUUACUGUGAUUCCAUCCAUACGCCGUCCGCAAGAUGGCUUGGAGAGAGACAACCAACCACCGUCCGGCACGCCCAGCUAGACUUCCUCGGCGUUCUGGGCUCUAAUUUUGAGGACGAGGCAAAUGCAACAUUCGAGGACAACAAUGCCGCCAGCUUAUCAGCAGAGCAAUACGAAGAAUACUUCAUGCCCCCGGGUUUGCCACGCCUCGAGAACACUUGGAUCAGAAACCCGCCGUGCCCGCUCUGCCGUUCUUCAGAAGUUCAGGUCCGCGCAAAGACGAUGUUCGAACAUCUACAGCUGCUAUUCACAAACAACGAGCCUACGGAGUACUUCAGGCUUGUUACUGAGCACUAUCCUCGCUGGUCAGCAAUUGCAACACACCAGAAGAAGCGCUUCAAAGAUAGCCUGAGAGGUGCUAUUGUAGCGCCGUCGAGCCCGCCUCAAUUUAACUUCAGUGACAAGCAAGAUCAAGCGCGAUUCAAGCUUACCGUGGUGUGCGCCCGGUGUCCUCCAAGGUGUGUCCCCAUUUCAAGUCCGACGGGGACCCCUCGCUCGACAUGGGUUCAUCCCAACGGCAGUGACAUCUGGAAUCCUCAUAUCGCCCCAAUCAACACGCCCGCACCAUCCCGACACCACCGUGCCGUCCAACCCAUGCCGCGACACCGCGGAAGGACGGGUUGGGCCUCGCCUCCGGUGGUUCUUAGUCUUACUUUUGCGCUUCAACCCGUCCCAACCUUUGGCACCACGAGGAUGAAGGCGACGAUCCCUCUGCUCCUUCUCAUUAAGACUGAGUGCUACCUGGCUUUGUUGAUCCAUUCUAGAUCCGCUCUGUGA